AUGGCUAAGAGAGGGAGACCAAGAAAAGAUACACUACCUACAGAGCAAGGAUGCACUGUAAACAUCAGUAAUGUUGAUAGAGGCAAAGGAGUUACAGCUAACCCACAAGGGCAUACAGUUGGGAAGACACCUAUGCAAAAGGGAAGUGCAACAGUGGCGUCUCAGAACCAUGUUCAACUAUUGCGACGGGAAACAAUCGAGACAGAGAUUACUCCGAUUCCAAUGAUGAACACAUCUGUUCCUGACUCGGAGAAAUCGAUUCAGCGCAAGGAGGCUAGAUCUGAAGUGGGUAAUCGAAAAACACCAGUUGAGCCGGAGAUGAAGGAUACUAGCCAACAAGCAACUCCAACGGAGACUGUUCAGCCUCACGAGAUUCCAAUUGGUGCUGACGAAGGUAAGCACAAAACGCCGUGGACUAAUUUGUUCUCUCAAAAUAGAGUUGCUAGCAAGGGUAUGCCGCUUGCCUAUGUAGCCCCAACUGUUGUCGACGGGAAACCUGUGGUUUAUGUGGAAGAGGAUGAAGUUAAGCAACAGACUCAGAAUUGGAUGAAUGCUUUAGUAGUCUAUACAAUGGGUGACACACCGAGCUAUACUUUUAUGAGUAACUACGUUGCUCGCAAUUGGAAUACUGUGGCCUGCCCCGAGGUAUAUUACCAUGACGAGGGAUAUUAUAUCGUCAAAUUUCAAAGCCCAGAGGAUAGAGAUGAGAUUAUGUUUGCUGGCCCUUAUACAAUGAACAGUAUACCUCUUGUAUUGCAAUUUUGGACUCCGGAAUUUGAUUUUCAUGAAGAAUAUCCUCGAACAAUGCCGUUAUGGGUGAAAUUCCCUACCCUGCCUAUGAUCUAUUGGGGACCUAGAACACUUGGUAAUAUUGCAAGUAGAUUGGGUAAUCCUUUAUUUGCGGAUGAAUGUACAGCAAAGCAGAGUAGGGUCUCUUACGCUAGGGUACUGGUUGACAUGGAUGUUACGCAAGAACUUCCAAGAGAAGUGCAAAUUGUAGAUUUUAAGGGCAAUUCCUUCAGGCAGGAUGUGGUAUAUGAAUGGUGCCCUAAGUAUUGUCCUAAGUGUCUAAAGUAUGGGCAUAUUUGUGCAGAUGAGAUAAAGCGAGGGCCGCCAGCUCCACAUAACAAACCAAAGCAGAGAGGCAAAGCACAUCAGAAACCAUAUGUUCAGAGAUGGGUAGGAAGGCAAUUGCACACAUCUGAUCCCGGACCAUCCACUAAUACUCAACAGCCCAUUAUAGCAGGGACUGAGCAGCAACAAGAGAUAAAUGGUACCAGUCCGAGCAUGGAGCCAAUACAACAACCUGCUGAUAAGGAUCGAUUGGCUGGUCACGCCCAAGGAGGUAACCGCAGGGGCGUUACUUAUGCUUCAAUGGUUCAACCUAAAGCACUAGGAGGUGAAAAGCAGCAAGAUGGGAAACCACAAACUCACAUGAGUAAAAAUCAGCAAGGGGUCAGUCUAAUUGCACCAAUACAUCAGGUGAACACAGAUGGUCCUACAGAGGCGAUUAAUGGCAGGAUCUGGAUUUUAUGGAAAGCAGCUGAUAUCCAAGUAACUAUUGAGGAAACUCAUGACCAACUUAUAUUAUGUCAUGUACAAGAUAGGAAGACUGAUUUUCAAAGUCAUAUUGCAGUGGUGUAUGGAAAGAAUACUAUUGAAGAAAGGAAGAGUCUAUGGGCAGAAUUGGCCAGAAUAGGCAGUAUAAUUACCACCCCUUGGUGUAUUUGUGGCGAUUUUAACACUCCCCUUUCAAUUGAAGAUAGAGUGGGGGGUCAGCAAGUGACACAAUAUGAGACCAAUGACUUUCGACAAAUGGUUGAUACAUUGAACUUGACUGAUAUGAAGGCCACAGGCAGAGUGUUGACGUGGACAAACGGGCAUGUAUGGAGUAGAAUUGAUAGAGCCUUGUGUAAUCCAGCCUGGAACUUGACGUACGGAAGGAUCACAGCUGACUUCAAAGAAAAUAAUUUCUCUGAUCAUUCUCCCAUUCACCUGGCAUUCUCAUUAGAUGAAGCUAGAAAGAGGAGACCAUUCAGAUUCCUGAAUGUAUUAACUGCUGAUGAGAGAUUCUUGGGUAUAAUUGAUGAAGUAUGGAAACAACCCACACAAGGAUCGUUUAUGUUUCAAGUGUGGCAGAAGCUGACUAAGUGUAAAGAACCUCUCAAGGUACUUAUGCAAGCUGAGAUGGGGAAUCUUGAACAUAAAAUCCAGGAGGCUCGAGAUAGGGUACAAGCAAUACAAAUCCAAUUGACAAAACAUAUUGAUGAAACAUUAUUGUUACAAGAAAAAGAUGCUAUGUAG